AUGUCAGGCCGAAAUCCAAACAAUGCUGGUUGGAUGUGUGGCAACUGCAAGAAACUCAGGGCCAAGAACGCAUGGUUCUGCGAUCUCUGUGGCUCGGCUUGGGAGGAUUGUAUCAUCUACCCGAAGCCGAAAGCACCGCAGUCGAGAUCGUCCUCAAGGAGGUCAUAUUGGACCGCACCAGACCUUCAACCUUGGGGAGGCCAACAUGGAGAAGAAAGCCCGAGGCAGCAGCCCAAGAAAACCAGAAGCAGAGGCAAAGGCAAGGGCAAGGGACGCAGUGCUCCCCAGCAGACACCACUUGCACCACCUCCUCCACCGCCGCUUUCUGGCCCGGAAGGGCAACAGCAACCGCCAUGGAUGAGCAUGCCUCUACCUCCUGGAGCAUCGACAUCCUCAACGACCGCAUUGUCGCCAGCCGAGCAGAAAUUGAGGGAGGUUUCCAACCUACUCAAAAAGGCGAAUCAAGAAACGCUCACACCGGAGCUGCAGCAGUUUGUGGUAGAGGAAACCAAAGCUGCCAGCAAGAAGGAUGCCAAGACCCUCUUCUCAGCUGUGGGAGCCUUGACAAAGGAGCAGGCGCAUCAGGAAAACAUCAAGUUGGCCAAGGAAAGACUGCACAAGGCCAAGGAGGAUUUCAGCUCCAAAGAAGAAGCAGCAACUGUGAUCUCCGACGACGAGGUGGAGUCCAAAGCCACAACAACCAAAGAAUCAGCUGCCCAGAUCUUGAAAGGGCUGAGCCAUAUGACAGAGAGCCUUCAGAAGCUUUCAGACCAAGCAGCAGAAGAGCAGGCAGAAGAAGAACGCAAGGCGAAACGCCCUCGACAGAAGGAAGGCGACCCACCAGAUGCCGCCAUGUCUGCCGAAAGCUUGCCAUCAAUGCAGCCUUUUGGUGUGCCCGGUCACUGA